UGGGGUCCUCGCUCCACUACUCCGCCACCCCCGUUCGACGGCAUCACUACUACAGACUCUAAUUAUCUGUCCCUGUCCCUUUAAUAACCUCGUCGUCUUUUACCCUGAGACUCGAAUCUACAGCGCCCCGACAUGCGGUAACAUCUUCCCAUAACACAGCAACCACGUCCUAGUCGCCUGCAUGGCUCUCUUUCGCCGGAGGCAGCUCAUCACAGUCUGUCUCCUGCUCGUCUUCCUCCACCUAUGGCUCGGUCGCCCCUUUCUCCAGGCCUCGAAGCCGAAGUACGAUGAGGCGUAUAUCCGACAGAAAUACCCUCUUGCGUGGGAACAUAUAUGGAAAAACAGCAACAGUGGGAAAGGAGGAGUAUGGUAUAUUCCCGACGAAUGGCGAAAAGACUCCGAUCCGCCAACUACCACCAUACUCGAAGCCGCGCGGCUGGCGUCCAAGCGCGCUACCGAACUCAAGCACACGAUCCCUCACUCCAAAAUUCCCUUGAUAGUACACCAGACAUGGAUGAAUACGAAGAUUGAUGAGUGGGCGCCAGACCUUGUGCUGGGCGUGGAGCGCUGGCUCGAAUACGCAAAGGCUGAGGGCAGUGGGAGCAUGGCGUACUUCCUCUGGCUGGACGAUGGUUGCGACCAACUUUUUGCAGAUGCGACGCCGGACCUCGUGGAUACCCUGAAUGCACUACCAUUACCAGUCGAGAGAUCAGACGUCUUCAGAGUUGUGGUCGCAAACAGCAUUGGCGGAAUCUACGGCGACAUCGACACCCACCCCAUCCGCUCCCCCGCCACCUGGCUCGAAGACCGCGACAUGACCCCCUGGACCGACCCGCAGUCCAACACCGAAUACAGCCCCGCCUCCGGGCACUCCUCUAAAUCCACCCCCCAACUCGCCCGCCUUCUCCUCGGCAUCGAAGCCGACAACGACCCCAACACCGACACCCACUGGCGCAUGGGCUACUUCUUCCCUAUCCAGCUCACGCAGUGGGCGCUGGCUGCUGCGCCGAACCACCCGGUGCUCAAUCGCUUCCUGGCGAAUUUCAAGACCCGCGUCGCGCAGCUGGCGACGCCGUUUGGGGGGAACUUGACAGCGACGGCGGAGGCGGGGGUUUUGGCCAGGGAGGACCCGUUAAAACUUACGGGGCCAGAGGCGAUUACGACGGCGGCGAUGGUGCAGUUGGAGGAUGAUGCGGGGUUGAGGUGGGAGGCACUCACGGGGCUGAAGGAUGGAGGAAGAAGUAAGGCUGUUGGGGAUACGAUUAUUUUCCCGAUUACGGGGUUUAGUCCCGGCCGCUCGUCUUACGGCAAUAUGGGCUCGAAGCCCUUGACGGAUCCGGAUGCGCGAUUACAGCAUCGUGCGCAGGGAAGCUGGCGCAAGAAGGAUAUGACGGUUGAGAUGGGGAAGCUGUGUAGGACGGUGCUUGGGAUGUGUCGUGAUUGGUCUAAGGUGCCUCAGUAAUAGAAGCGCCAGGCAGCUGCAUUUGUAUUGUAUUGAUAGCGGUUAUGAGGCAUGAAAUAGACGCCGCAUAGAGUCGGUGUACUUGUAUUAUAAAGAACCAUGAGCAUUAUUAAUCAUUCAAAUCGCCUUUUUGCAGGAG